CUUAUUUCAUAACCCUUAGCAAGCAAGUUUCCUCAUUUCACAAUUCAAGCCUCCAUUAUAUCUCUCAUCACUUCACUUCUUCGCAUUCUAAAAGAACGGGCACGAUGCUUGUGAAAGAUGUGUCUGGGAAAGAGUUGCGUGAACUUAGCAUCAAAAGUAAGAGGAUGGCUGACACUAUAAGUAACUCUCCAAAGGAAGAUCCAACCAAUAAUUCCCCGGACACACCCCUCAUCAAUGUUGAAGUAAAAAAGCCUCGACUGGUGGUUUCAAGUUCACCUCCUUUUCAGAGUCCUCGAAAGAGUCAGCAUAGUUCUUCUGAAGGGGUGGAUGAAAUGUGGACAUCAUUUUUCACUACGAUCAAUAGUAGUGGUGAUGGUGAUGCCACAUCAAUUUGGGAUGAUCAUUUCCCUUUAGGUAACCUUAUCGAUAAGAAUUUCAGGGACGAAAAGUUUCAGGAAAAAGUUAAGGAGUUUGGAUUAGAAAGGGUACUCCAAACUAGCCUGACAGAUUCCAUUCGAAUGAUCUUCCUUCUUCGUGUAAUGGGGCAAAAGUUUGGUGAAACAGAAAAGGAAAACAAGGCUUAUGUUGGAGAGAUUUCAGAAUUGAAAAAAAUGUUGACUGAAAAUGAGAAGAAUUAUGUUGGAGAGAUUACUGAAUUGAAAAACAAAUUGUCUGAAUAUGAGAAGAAUAUGGUUGAGAUGACUAGUCUGAAAGAUGAACUGAACAAAUUGAAGAAAACUUUGGAAUAUUCAAGCCUGGAAAAGAAUGAAAUGGUAGCAAGAGAAAAAGAAUUAAAAAAGGAAAAUUCGAACAGUCGAAUAAAAUUACUCAUAAAAGAAGAUGCUCACAGGGUUAAUGUUGAGAAGUUGAAGGCUGAAAUUGAAGAAUUGAAGAGUGGAAUUGAGUUGCAGUACAAAGCUGGCUAUGAUAAGGCAGUGAAACAAGUUGUAUUUUUUGCAUCUAAACUUGAACCAUGAUCAAGUUGGGUCAAUUAAAAUUAUUCAUGGUAACUCAUCUUUAGACUAAAAUUUUCAAUACUUGAUUUCCUCUAUAACUAUAAGUCUUUAGCAUUAUUUUGCUACUCAAACUUGUAGUUUACAUAUAAGGAUUGUUCUUUAUGUAAUGGUUUAAACUUAUUGGUUGCAUGGUCAUUAUCUAUCUAUAUGUA